CUGCGAGAGUCCCGGCACCGGCGCGGCCAUCUCUUGGUGCGCGCUGGAUCUGGGGGAGCUGCUGAGCAGCAGCGGCUUCCGUCCUUUGACUGCUCCAUUUGCCUGGAGGUGCUGCACCAGCCUGUGAGGACCCAGUGUGGCCACGUAUUCUGUCGCUCCUGUAUUGUUACAAGUAAGAAUAAUACAUGGACAUGUCCUUAUUGCCGGGCUUAUCUUUCUUCGGAAGGAAUUCCAGCUACUGAUAUUGCCAAGAAGAUGAAAAGUCUAUACCAAAACUGCACAGAGUGUGAUACACAGGUAUGUCUGAGUGAAAUGAGAGUUCAUUUAAGGACUUAUGAGCAAUAUAUAGAAAAAUAUGGACCUCUGCAAGAGCUUGGAGACACAGUAACAAGAUAUGCCUGUCCAUUUUGCCAGUGUGAGUUGCAUGAAGAUGAUCUAAUGGACCAUUGUCUCACUUAUCAUAGAACAGAAAGGAGAGCAGUGUACUGUCCAAUUUGUCGUUUAAUACCUGGUGGAGAUCCAAGCUAUUUUAGCAGGAAUUUUAUAAGGCAUCUUCAACUUAGACACACAUUCUACCACGAAGACUACAUAGAUAUAAACAUAGUAGAAGAAGUCCUUACUGAAAACAUUCUACACCAGUCAUUUUUAGAAUAUGUGCAAGUGAAUCAUCCAAACAGCACAUAA